CAUUUUCCUUUUUAUUUCCUAUAUUUCUCAGCUGAAUUUUCAUCUUCCCUGACAUUCUCUCAUCGCCAACACCGUCACGGACCGAACUCUCUCUCUUCCGACUUGCCCUUGACUCGCCAUGUGGAGAAACUCACUGAGUUUCUCUUCCAAACUCGUCACCUCCUCAAAUGCCAACCCUAGACCUACUCAUCUUCUCUCGGGCAUUUUCACUGUUAACCAUGUCUCCGAAAGAUCAGUUACCCAGUCUCGGUUCUAUUCCGCGAGUUCACCUUCCUCUUCUGAUUCACUGAAAUUAGGGUUCCAGAGAUUGGAUCGGACUCGAGCUGGAUUCGCCUCUACAGCCGCCUUCGUUGAGCCCUCCGCCGCGGCGGCGGCGUCGGUUGCGUCGGUGUCGAAGGCCAAGGAUAUCGUGGACCUAGCUCGGCAUUAUGGGCGGUGUUAUUGGGAGCUCUCGAAAGCUCGUCUCAGCAUGCUAGUAGUUGCUACAUCUGGGGCCGGAUUUGUUCUUGGGAGUGGCAAUGCCAUUGAUUUUGCUGGUCUCUGUUGCACUUGUGCUGGUACUAUGAUGGUUGCAGCAUCUGCCAACUCCUUAAACCAGGUUUUUGAGAUAAAUAAUGAUGCAAAGAUGAAGAGAACAAUGCAAAGACCACUACCUUCAGGGCGCAUUACCAUACCUCAUGCUGUCACCUGGGCAUCUUCUGUUGGUGUGGCUGGUACUGCUUUAUUGGCAUGCGAGGCUAACAUGUUAGCAGCUGGGCUUGCUGCUUCUAAUCUGAUUCUAUAUGCAUUUGUAUAUACUCCGUUGAAGCAAAUACAUCCAGUAAAUACUUGGGUUGGAGCUGUUGUUGGUGCUAUUCCACCCCUUCUUGGGUGGGUGGCAGCUUCUGGUCAGGUUUCACUUAAUGGACUUAUUCUCCCAGCUGCCCUCUAUUUUUGGCAAAUACCCCAUUUUAUGGCCCUUGCAUACUUGUGCCGCAACGACUAUGCUACUGGAGGGUUUAGAAUGAUCUCUCUUGCCGAUGCUUCUGGUCGGAGAACCUCGUUGGUGGCAUUGAGGAACUGCCUAUAUCUGCUUCCAUUGGGAUACUUGGCCUAUGAUUGGGGUAUAACCUCUGGAUGGUUUUGUCUUGAAUCAACGCUCCUUGCUUUUGCAAUCGGUGCAACAGCAGCGUCAUUCUACCUAAACCGCACAACGAAGAAUGCCAGGAGAAUGUUCCAUGCCAGCCUCCUGUAUCUUCCCAUGUUUAUGUCUGGUCUUCUAUUUCACCGCAUUUCUGGUAGUGAGCAGAUCCUGACAGAAGAAAGUUCAGAGAGGAUUGCCGAGCUCUCAUCUCCCCCAGAAACUCUAAUACAGGAGACAGAAAAUGUCAACUGUCGAAAAAAGGCUGUUGGUGGUCAAGCACGUGCUCCUGUAGCAUACGCUUCUGCUGCACCAUUUCCUUUCUUGCCAGCUCCUUGUUAUGUUUCCUCCUGAUUUACAUUUUUAAAUUUAUAUCUACCUUUAAUAAAGUCGUGGAGAGGCGCAACGAGGUUUGCGAUCAUGUUUUUGAGUACUAUAUGGUACAUUUUUUGUUCUUCGCAUUGUUCGGGGUUGCAAUAACUGAUGUUAUUGUGGUUGUUGAUUU